AUGAAAGAACAAGAAGGAAGCAACGUGAUACUUAACAUUUCGGAUAUUUCAAAAGACAAUGAUGAAGUACCAAAUGAUGAAAUUACAUUUUUCGACAUAAAUAAUAGUAUAAAUCACCUUACAGGAAAGGAAUUUUAUUUCUAUUCAAAUAAUGAUGUAUUUAUUUAUAAACAAAAUAAUCCUCAUGAAUUUUUAAAAGACAAGUCGUCCAUACGGAUUAAGGAUCCAACAUGUUCUUCCCUACAAGAUAAAAAAUGUAAUGAUGAAAGUGAUGCAUUUGAAGAAAGUGAAGAAAAUGAUGUAAUUGGUAUAAAUAAUCCUAUUGAUAUAAAUAAUCCUAUUGAUAUAAAUAAUCCUAUUGAUAUAAAUAAUCCUAUUGAUAUAAAUAAUCCUAUUGAUAUAAAUAAUUCUAUUAAUACAAAUAAUUCUAUUAAUACAAAUAAUUCUAUUAAUACAAAUAAUUCUAUUAAUACAAAUAAUCCUAUUGAUAUAAAUGAUGAACAUAAAUAUUGUAAACUUAUAGAUUAUAAACAUAAAUAUAAUAACAAUUCUAUAAAUAACGUGAACAAUCUAAUUAAUACGUGUGGUAAGGGAAAUAUAACAAACAGAGAUACAAAUAACUUCAAGAAUAAUAAACAUAUUAAUAUACAUGUUUAUAAAAAUAAGAACUCAAAAGGUGAACGUGAUAUAUCUUUCUUUUCUGAUCAUUUGAAAAAUUGCAACCACCUUGAGGAUAAAGUAAAAUUCGUUUUCUCACAAGAAUUAAAUAAAGUGAAUGAUAUUUUUAACGUUGAAGAGAUUAUGAAAAUUAUUAAUAAUUUAAAUUCUAUCAGAAUAGAAAUUGAAACUACCAUUUAUAAAAAAUUAGAAAAGAAAUAUAAAAAUUUUCUUCUUAGUACUGUUAAAAUUAAAGAUAUAGAUUUGGAUAUUACAAAUAUGAAGAAUCAUUUAUCUAAUAAUUUAAAUGAAAUAAAAUGCUUACAAGAAAAAAAAUAUAAAGAGAAAUUACAUAUAAUAGAUUUAAUAUCUAAAAAGAAUUUAUAUAAACAAAUUAAUUUACUUUUAUUAAUUAUAUUUAUUAUAUCUUAUUACGAUAUUCUACUUUUUAAAAAUAUUUUAAAAAAAAAUUUCGAAUUCUCAUCUAUUGCGUUUUAUCAAUUAUAUCAAUUUAUAAAUCAUAACCAUAAAUUGUUACAACACAUAAAAUGUGUAAAUAAUUUAAAACAUAAAAUGUUCUCUAUCUAUUUUAAUAGAAUAAAAGAAAAUAAUGAAACAAAUUUUGUUCACUUUUUAUUUUCAGAUGAUUCCAAAAAAACAAAUCAAAUAAAUAUUAAUGAACUCUUAAAAACAUUAUUAAAAAUUUACUAUUUACUCUUUAAAAUAAAACCAUUUAAUUUUAUAGAGAAUUCUUUAGUAUAUAUGUAUCAAUUUUUUCAACAAAUAUCUAAACAAAUUGUUUUCUCAUGCUUUAUGACAAAUAUAGAAACCCAACAAGAAAAUACUCUUCAUAAAAUAGCUGAAGAUGCUUUAAUAAAAAAUCAAAUAAACUCGAAAUGUAAAAAUAAAAUUAAUAACACUCUUGAUCAUUUUAAUAAAAUACAUCAAAAAAAACGCAACCAUCAAAAUUUAUAUAAUUCUCCUUAUCAUCAAAAUAAAAAUGUAGAUGAAAUAAAAAAUCAAAAUGUAGAUGAAGUAAAAAAUCAAAAUGUAGAUAAACUAAAAAAUCAAUAUAUAGAUGUACUACAAAAUCAAUAUAUAGAUGUACUACAAAAUCAAUAUAUAGAUGUACUACAAAAUCAAUAUAUAGAUGUACUACAAAAUCAUAAUAAAGAUAUACUACAAUGUCAAAAUAUAUAUCAUAAUCUACAAGAUAAAUCUGUUUGUCAAGAUCAGGAUAAUCAUAAAAUAAGUCAAGUUGAAAAGUACCAACCAAAUUUUUUAUCAUUCCAAACGGAACAAUCUGAAGAAUUAAUAGAUAAAGACGUAUCUAUAUGUGACAAAACAAAUCUAACACAUAAUAUGAUAUAUUCAAAAUAUGAUCAAAUUGAUGAAAACAUAAAAAAUAAAAAAAAAAUAAAAAGUUAUGAUUCCAUUAAUAAUAAUAUAAAUGAUACAGACAUAUACAAAAAUAAUCAUUCAACAAAUCAACAAAAUGAUGCAGAUAAUUUUUUGUUUAUUCCUUUAAACGAACUUGUUCCUAAAUUAAAUGAUACCAGCAGUCUACUUUCACUCAUCAAAAUAUAUGAAAUUUUAUUUGAUGUUUUCAAUAAAUAUGAUUAUAUAAUAAUAUAUCUAUUAAAUUAUUAUUUACAAAAAAACGAUAUCUCUAUAUAUCAAACCGAGAAUAAAUCAAAAUUUAAAAAUCUUGAAAAAACAAAUCUAACACUAUAUAAUAAAAUAUAUGAGUGUAAUAAUGAUAAUAUACAAACAAUAAAUAAGUGCACAGAUAAACUUACAAAUGAAACGUAUCAAGAAAUAACAACAACCAAAGAGUUAUCGCAAAAUUAUAAUAUGUAUAAUGAAGAUAUACAUAAACAAAAUAAUGUAACAAAUAAUUUGGAUGAAUCUAACUAUUCACAAUAUUAUAAUAUCGAUCAUAAUCAAAGUAAUAUUUUUUAUAUACCAAACACGUAUACCUCACAUUUAUUAACAUACUUCAUAAAAAAUGAUACAAUGAAAAAUCAAACAUAUGAUCAAAAAUGUACAAGUAUUAAAAAUAAAAUAGAAUCCUAUUUAAAAGAAAAAAGUAUAAGUUGUAUUUACUCACAAGAAUAUAUAUAUUUUACAUUACAAAAUGCACUACAUUUAAUAUAUGUAAAAAAGAAAUUUUUAAAAAAUAUGGAAAAAGUAAUAAAAACUAUUAUUGAAAAUAUGCAAUUUAAUAAUUUCAAUUUUAAUCACAUAUGUUCAUAUAUUUUUUUGACCAUCUUAUAUUGUUUACAUUCAUAUCUAUUCAAAUAUAAUUCUUCAAAUGAUCAAAUAUAUUAUUUAACUAAAAGUUUAAAGGAAAAUAAAAAUAUUGAUGUAUAUGUUAAUCCGAAGGAUAACAUAAAUGUACAUGUUGAUCCAAAAGACAACAUUAAUGUACAUGUUGAUCCAAAAGACAACAUUAAUGUACAUGUUAAUCCUAAAGACAACAUUAAUGUACAUGUUAAUCCUAAAGACAACAUUAAUGUACAUGUUGAUCCAAAAGACAACAUUAAUGUACAUGUUAAUCCUAAAGACAACAUUAAUGUACAUGUUAAUCCUAAAGACAACAUUAAUGUACAGGUUAAUCCUAAAGACAACAUUAAUGUACAGGUUAAUCCCAAGGACAAUAUAAAGAUCAAUGAAAAAAUACAUGUAAAUAUAAAAACAAAUGAUUAUAAAAAUAGUUGUAAUACUCUUUAUAAUGAACAAAAGAACGUUUACAUUGAAGAACAUAUAAGAACUUCUAUUUUUGAAGAUCAUAACUUAUUAAAAGACAUUUUACAAAAUCAUGAUAUUUUUCUAGAAGUAGAAAAGAAAUUAAAAAAAAAUUAUUUCCCCACAUACUAUUAUUUAAAUAUUAAAACGUUAAAUGAUAUGAUUAAUAGAGAUCAUUGGUUACGUAUACCAAAUAAAAUUAAUAAUAAAAUAUGUAAUAACAAUUUUAAUUUUAAUUUUAAUUUUACUUUUAAUUUUAAUAAUAUAUUAACCUUUUAUAAAAACGAAUUUCAUGAUUUUUUAAAUGUACCUUUUUCUCCGAACCCUUUGAAAAAAUUUAAUUUUAAAAACAUAAGACAAUACCUAUGUUUUAAUCAACAUACACAAAAAUAUGAUGAUGAUGAUGAUAUAGCAAAUAUAAAUGUAACAAAUAAAAGUUUUGAUAUAUCUAUUUGUGAUGAUAAAAAUGUAAAAAAAGAAGAUUUUUAUUCUUAUAAUAUAUCCUCUUCAAAAGUAGAUAAAAAAAAAAAUAUAUAUGAAACACCCUAUUUCAAUAUUGUAAAUUUUGAGAGUAUUACUUCCAAUUCUAGUAAUUUAUUAACAUGCAUAAUACAAGAUUAUUUUAUUCUUCAAAAUUUAGUUCAUAAUUUAAAAGAAGAUAUACAUAAGUAUAUAUUCAAAUCCAUUGAUAUGUAUAUAUAUAUUAUAUGUUAUUAUUUUAUGAAACGAUCUAAUAUACAAGAACUUUUAAUUAACGUCAAACAAAAUAAAGAGAAAUUAAAUAUAAAUAAUAUACUUUUUAUAAUAAAAAAACAAGAAAAAUAUACAGAAUUGUAUAAAUUUUUACAACAUUAUAAUGAUGAAAUCAAAAAAAAUGAACAAGAUUAUAAUUUCUUAUAUGUAAAUAGUAAUAUAAAUACAUCAUUCCCAUCUUCAUCAAAAAAUAAUAUUACACAUGAUAGUAAUAUAAUGAAUGAUAAAAAUUAUUUAUCGAUUUAUCCUUUAAGCAAUUGUUCUAAAUUAUUUAGUUUUACAUCUUUAUAUGCUCUUUCUGAAAAAAUUAUUGCCUUAGAAUCCAUCUUUUGUCUAUUAAUCAAUAUGAAAGAAGAAAUAAUAAAAUUGAAUGAAAAUUCAAAGAAUAAAAAUAAACAUAAUAGUAAUAUACAUGUACAAAAAUGUGAAUUACAAUAUAAUAAAAUAGGUACCUUUCCUACAGAUAAUGCUGUUGGUGAUAAUAAUAAUAAUAAUAAUAAUAAUAAUAAUAAUAAUUACAUGUUAAAACAAAAUAAUUAUUGUAAUAAUAACAACAAAAUAUAUUGUAACAAACCCACUAAUGAUGUUAUAUACACAUUUCAAACAUUUCUUGAUAAAAAAUUAAAUAUGAUCAACGAAAUACGUAUAUUAACAUACUGCGAUUCCUUAUAUAAUAUUAUGGACAGUGAAAAUUAUGUUAAUGAAAUAUUAAGAAUUAUUAAUGAAUCCUAUAAUACUACUAAUAAUGUAGAAGAAUAUAAGAAUAAAUAUAAAAAUAAUAAAAUAAACUUAUUAUCAAAUGAUGAUUUGAAUAAGAAAACGGAGAAUUUAAAAAAAAAUCUAGACGAAUAUGUGAACCUAUAUAUAAAUAUUUUAAAUGAUAGUAAAAGAAAAUUAAUGUUUUGUUGUGAAGGUAUUUUAUCCAUUGUUAUUCAUUAUCUCUUAUGGAAUUUAAUAAACUACAUUUUUAAUGUAAACAAUAUUGAAAUAAUACAAAAAAUAAAAUCUGAUUAUUUUCCUGUUACAGAAAAUGUUAACAGAAAUAAUAAUAAUAAUAAUAAUUAUCAUCAUAAUAAUAUUUUCAAGUCUUCUAAAAAGGACAAUUAUAACAAUUUGCUUAAUAAUAAUCAAGAUAUCAUGAAAUCCCAAGACAACCAUUUUUAUAAUCAUGAUAAUAAAAAUUUAGUUUCUACUUUAAGAUAUCAUUUUGAGAAAAUAUCAAAUUGUAUUAAAAAAAAUAUUAUAAAUCUCGAAAAUGAAAUAGACGAACAAAUAAAUAAUAAUAUAAAUAUACAUAAUUCUAUAUACUAUAAGUUUUAUAAAGACCUAAAAAAUCCAGAAAAUCCAUUGUAUCAAUAUUAUUAUAUCUAUCUAUCCAAAGGAAACACAUUUUUUGAUCAAUAUAUAGAUUUACAUUUUUAUAAUUUACAAAAACUAGAUAACUUUGUAAAAAAUUAUAAUCCAGAUAUUUAUCAAUAUAAACAUGUACAAUCUAUUAUUUCUAAAUAUAAUACAUACAAAAAAAUUACCCCACAGUCUUUUGCGGCUCACUUUGAGGCACAUACCUUAAAAAAAAUUCAAAACUAUUUAAAGCUACAAAAAUUACAUAAUACUUAA